AUGGAAGACAUUAACGUCCGCCUUGUGGCAUCUUUGGUUGUCGGUGUAACAGCUACAGCAUUUGCUGUUCGUCAACUUUCAGGUGAUCAAAUCCAAUCACUCUUUUCAUCUCGCGCAAAAGAAAGGAGACAUAUUGCACCUUCUGUUAAAGCAAAGCUUGCACUUUGGCGUAAACUUGAUUUACGUUCAUUACAAAGUUUGACAUACUUAUUGGCAGCUUUUGGACCUAAAGGUUACAAUGCUCCAGGUUGUUCGCCUGGUUGUAUGAUCGCUUCGCCUUCACGUCCUGAAGAUCGUCCUGGCGGUAAAGAUGAAAAUGAAAAUUACUUCUUUCAAUGGCCAAGAGAUUCAGCUUUAUGUUUACGUGAAGUGAUUCGAAGAGCUAUCCUUGCCGAACAAGGACGUACGGUAGGCGUUCAAAAUGAAAAUGCGUUUGAAUUACAUACAAUCAUUCGUGAUUUCGCAAAGAUGAGCAUCAAAUUGCAACACACUGCCAAUCGUUCUGGUACCUUCCAAACCGGCGGCCUGGGCGAGCCAAAGUUUAACGUUGACGGCUCUUCCUUUGAAGCUGAUUGGGGUCGUCCACAAAAUGAUGGUCCUGCUUUGCGUGCAAUCAGUAUGUUAUUCUAUGCAAAUUACCUUCUCUCCAUCGAUGAUAAAGAGGCAUUGGACUAUGUUCGCUCAACACUUUACCGUUCAUCAGCCGCUACUUCAUCUUCUUUGAUUAAAGAUGAUUUGGACUACGUCGCACGUGCAUGGCAAGAGAAUUCAUAUGAAUUGUGGGAGGAAGUAUCAGCAGACGUAAAGAAUGGCGGUGGUCAUUUCCAUACACUUAUGGUUCAACGUCGUGCUUUGUUAGCAGGUGCACAAUUUGCCGUUCGUCCAGAGAUUGGUGAUGCAUGGUCAGCAGGUAGAUAUAGAACGGCAGCAAAGGCAAUCACAAAACAUUUAGAAACUUUUUGGAAUCCUGAAGGUAAAUUAGAACGUGAAGGUGGACCUCAAUACGAAGAUGGUCCUUUGGCAAUUCAUUGGGACGAUGAUAGAAAUUUAGGAAAAAUUCCAAAGAAAUUACUUCAUAAACCUCACGUUAUCGGUACCGAUCGUGCAUUGGUCACUUUGGAUCGUUUGGUGGAUGUUUUUAAGAUCGUUUAUCCGAUCAAUGCAAAACGUUCUCCUUCAACCGGUGUCUUGUGUGGAAGAUACCCUGAAGAUGUUUAUGAUGGCGUUCAACAAUCGAUCGGACAUCCUUGGUUCCUUUGUACGCAUGCGAUUGCUGAAGUACUUGCGAUCACUGCUCAACACUUUGCAGCUUUACCUUAUUUACCAAUCGUUGUGACGAAAGAAACGCAAGAUUUUUGGACAAAAGUUGGAAAUGCAGCUGCAGGCUGUCAAAUCGAAACUAAUAUUGACGUUGGCACGUUCAAACGUGGUGAUCCAAUCUAUGAACAACUUACUGCAGGUUUAUGGAGCAUGAGCGAUGCUUAUUUGGCCGUUUGUGAUGAAUAUGUUGGAGAGGCAGAUAUGAUGAGCGAGCAAAUCGAAAGAAAUCGUGGAAAGAUGCGUGGUGCAAGAGAAUUAAGUUGGUCUUAUGCAUCUUUCAUGUCUGCCAUCGCUGCACGUCAAGGGCACUUCUUGGGUUUACGUUCAUAG